CACAUGCACACAUAAAAGGUAGUAAAUGAUAUUUGGAUCAAGUGGAAAACUUGCAUUUAAGAGAUGCAAUGCAUUUAAGAGAUGAAGUUCAAUUCUUACUUGGUGUAGAGUGAGACACUGGUGGACAAUGAUAGAAGAUCAAUGGAAACCUGGGUUGGAUCUUUGAGCCAAAUGGAUUUUGCCAGUAAUUUCGACGUCGUGCCUACAAGCGGGUGGGUUACCGGGUUUUCCCUGGAAUUGGUGGUGGACUCAGGUUACUCUCUGAGUAUUCCGUUUGUCCAGUAAAUACCCUGAAAAUGCUCGAGAUUGAUUCGGCCGGUAAAAAUCUACAUAGAAGGUAUAUGUACUUGCCAAAAUGUAAAGGUAAAAAGACAGCGAGACAUGUUAGCAUUAACAAAAUAUAUAAUGAAAUAAUAGAAUACUUAUCUAGCUCAUCUUCUUCAUUCAUACAAGAAAAACGCACGUUCGGUAUGAACAAUAGGCCGCGAUAACAAAGGGUUUGCAGGCCGGAAAACGUGUGGGGGUGGCGAUGAAUGAUGAUGAUCUUAUUUCUUGCCCGGAAAACUGAAAACGAAAACAGAGAGUGAAUGUGAUCCCGCUUAUUGAGUGAGUUGCAUGUUCUGGCUAGUUGCAAACGACGGUUGGCUGGCUGUUGGGUCCUACGGAGGUUUGAGGCGUGUGCGCGGUGGUGUGCAGCAUGUGUCUUGCUCGUUGGGGCUUGUGACUGUUCGCCUAUGGCUGAUUGCCAGGAGCCGCUCCGUGUGUCAACCCGUGUGUGGCGUGUGUCGCUGUAAAUUAAUCUUUUUUUCUGUUUUUAAACAGUAAAAUUAUUUGCUAUCAAGGUAUUCAAAAUUGGUGGAAGUUUUCAAAGGUGUUGACCAAAGUAUGACUCAAGUUUGCUAUAUAUCACAACCAUCAUCCAAAUCUCAUACACACAUCAAUGGAAAUUGCUUCCAUGAUUUUACUAUUCUCAUGUCUCUUUUUCAUGCUUCUGCCAUCUUGUUCAACACUAUACACCAUAUCUACAAAUCAAGUUAUCAAAGAUGGAGACACAAUAGUUUCAGAUGAUAAUAUGUUUGAACUUGGCUUCUUUAGCCCAGGAAAAUCCAAGAAUCGGUACGUAGGGAUCUGGUAUAAGAAAAUAUCAACGGGUACAGUCGUAUGGGUUGCUAACAGGGAGACACCGAUCACAGAUAAAUCAGGCAUGCUCGAACUUAGCAAACAGGGAAACCUACUAAUUCGCAGCGGUGACAAUACAGUGAUCUGGUCAUCCAAUUCAACAAUAUCGACGAUGAGUAAUAAUCCAGUGGUGGUGGUGCAGCUUCUGGAUACCGGAAAUCUUAUUGUGUGGGAUAGAAGUACCAAGAACGAACGCGUAAUCUGGCAAAGUUUUGAUCAUCCGGGUAACACAUUCUUACCAGGAAUGAAAUUUGGAAAAGAUUUAGUAACAGGAAGAGAACGGUUUAUAAUACCAUGGAAGAGUGCAGAUGAUCCUUCACCAGGUCCAUAUUUACACUAUAUAGACACAAAUGGAUAUCCACAAAUGUUUGUGAGACAGAGUUCGGUUAUACGAUGGAGAUAUGGACCAUGGAAUGGUCUUAAGUUUCAAGGUUUGCGCAUGAAAAACCCAAAUCCUAUUUACUCUGUUCAAUUUAUUUCUAACGAAAAGGAAAUAUAUUACACAUAUGAAAUUACGGCUACGGUUGUUCAAAGGAUCCUUGUGCUGCCAGAUGACACCGGUGUGCAUUUGCGUUGGAUGGAUCAAAUCCAUGACUGGGCUGUGCAUGCUAUUGGAGCACUAAGAGAUAGUUGUGGUGGUUAUGGACGUUGCGGGCCAUACGGAAGCUGCAACGGUAAUAGGUACCCCCGUUGUACUUGUAUGGCAGGUUUUAAGCCUCGGGUACCAGAUGAAUGGGAUAGAGGAAAUGGGUCUAGUGGGUGUGAACGCAAACGGGCUUUAGAUUGUGGAAGUGGGUCUGGCUUUAAAAGAAUUUCAGGAGUUAUAUUUCCAGACACACGCCGUUCAUGGUAUAAUCAUAGCAUGACACUUGAAGAAUGUGAGAUGGCUUGCAGAAUGAAGUGCAAUUGUACGGCGUAUGCAAAUACAGAUAUCAGAAAUGGAGGAAGCGGAUGUUUGCUUUGGUUUGAUGAGCUUAUGGACACCACAGAGAGUAAUGAUAAGCAGGAUCUUUACAUAAAAUUGGCUGCCUCUGAGUUAGCAGGUGAAGGAAACGGAGAUUCCCCAUCUAUCUUAAACAAUAAGGAAAGAGUAUUUACAGUGGUAUUUUCAACUACAUCUGUUGUGCUACUUCUAUUUAUGGUGGCAUAUGCUUGUGUAAAGAAACAGAAAAGGCUUCUCAGGAAAGAAAGAGAAGACAGGUAUGCCCUUGAUAAAAAAUAUAACAGUGUGCGGAUAGAAGAUGUUGACGAGCUACCUUUACUUAGUCUAAAUAAAAUAGUCAAGGCUACAGAUAACUUUAACAUCAACAAAAAGAUUGGAGAAGGUGGAUUUGGUCCAGUUUAUAAGGGUGUGUUGCAAGACGGACAAGAGGUAGCUGUGAAGAGGCUCUCAGAAACAUCCCGGCAAGGGAUUGAAGAAUUCAAGAAUGAAAUCAUUUGUAUUGCCAUGUUGGUUCAGUUCUGUUUAAGCAUGAAGGAAAACAUAUGAAUCAUACCUGUCACUGCAGACAGUGCAGAGGAGAAUCCAGUGAGAGAGUUCGACAUGCCUG